AUACGUUUUUGCUCAUUUUUGUUUGUUUUUCCUUCUUCUUUCUUUCGUCUUCUUCCUCUUCUUCUUGUGCAUGGACGGCAGGCAUGCGGUGAAAGAGGGCUUCUCAUCCAAAAAGUGGAGUUUUGACUAUGGAGUGCGUCAUCUCACUCCCGACUUCCCAAUAUCCCUCCCCACGAUGCUCAAUCCCCGCAGGCGCCGGCAAACCUUCUCGUCGCCUCCUCAACUCCUUGUCCGCCACCUCGGAUCCCUCCACCGCCGUCCGUCUUGUCCGCAAAUUCGUCGCCUCUUCCUCCAAAUCCAGCUCCCUUCAAGCCCUCUCCUUUCUCAUCUCCCACUCCUCCCCUUUCUCUCUUCACCUCUAUCAAUUCCUAUCCGAAACCUCUUGGUUUCAAUUCAACUCCAAGCUCAUCGCCUCCCUCAUAUCUCUCCUCGAGGACCAUCAUUGCUCCCUCGAUGCCCUGACCCUAAUCUCCCAAUCCACCUCCGUUCUCCGCUCGCCGCGUGACCUCUCUCUCUUCUACUGCGAUCUCAUAGACGCCUUCUCAGGUCGAGGAUUGAAGACACAAGUUCUCCAAUCUUACGCCCGAUUGAAGGAGAUUCCCUUUUCCGGUAAGAGACCGUACCAAUCCAUAAUUAAAGGAAUGUGCUUGAUGGAAAUGCCGGAGGAGGCGGAGGAAUUUCUGCGGGAAAUGGGUUCGUCGGGGUUCAAGCCCUCGCCUUUCGAGUUCCGGCUAGUGUUUCGAGCCUAUGGCCGCGCUGGAGCCUUUGCGGAGAUGACUAGAGUUCUCCAAUCGAUGGAGGAGAACGGUAUGGCGCUGGACACCUUAUCUGCUAACACAGUGCUUUCUUGUUAUGGUGAUCAUGGAAAGUUGUCAGAGAUGGUUUCAUGGAUUCAGAAAAUUAGAGAAUCAGGAAUUGGAUUCUCUUUCCGAACUGUCAACUCUGUUCUGAAUUCGUGUCCUACUAUUGCGAUGCUAACAGAUGAUGUUUUGUCUCUACCUCUUUCCAUUGACGCCUUGUUCAGAAAAGUGGAAGAGUCUUCUCCUUGCUCAAAUGAGUCAUUGUUGCUCAGAGAGUUGGUUGACUUUCCUCUUUUGUGUUCUCUGUUGGAUUGGUCUGAUUCGGAAGUGAAAUUGGAUUUGCAUGGCCUUCACUUGGUAUCAGCUUACGUGAUCAUAUUACAGUGGAUGAGAGAGAUUCGAAGCUGUUUGGUUGCAGGGAAGGCUGUGCCUUUGGAAUUCUCUAUUAUUUGUGGGUCUGGCAAGCACAGCAGAAGUAGAGGAGAGUCUCCCGUCAAGAAGCUGGUUUCAGUGAUGAUGUUUCAGUUGAAAAGUCCUUUGAAGAUAGAUAGGAAGAAUGUGGGUAAGUUUGUGGCAAAGGGGAAGAAAGUUAAGGAUUGGUUGUGCUGAUUGAGGGGCUUCAGGGGCUGUUUUACUUUUUGGCUUUUCUCGGUAUGGAGAAACUGCUCAACCUCAUUCUCAUGAGGGGCUGUUUCAAGGAUAUGAGGAAAAGAAGCUCCUUUGAAGAAAUCUUUGUAUGAGGAGCUGCUCCUACAAAAUUUUUGAGAGGAUUAAAAUUUGAGGACUGUUUUGCAUGGCAAUUAUUAAUUCUGUUGAAGUGAUUCAUAGCUGUUUUGUUUAGAGAAUUAAAGUUUAGGAGAGGAGCAGUUUUUAAAUUCUAGUAAUUUUGAUAUUUAUUA